AUGCCAUCCAUAUUCACCAACGAAUACUCUCGCGGGCCGCUGUACCAGUACUGGAAAGAGCGGGGCCAGGAAGAGAAAGCGCUGCGCGAACAGCGCAUCCAGGAGGCCAAACUGCGCAGCAAGGGAUUCCAGCCCACGAGCCCUGCGUUUGGACCAAGCAGCACGGACGCCUACGCCCAGCGAGCAUCGAGCGGUCCACCGGCCUACCGUUCCGAGUCGUCUGAAGGAGAGGGCGGUUCGGCGCCGCAACAACACCUUCCUCCUGGCGACGAGCUUCCCUCGUACGGCGCCACGACGGGAGUGGUGGGAGGACAGUCUGAACCCGCGGCUGAGGGUGGCGGCGGCUGCGGGCAAUCACUUCUCUCCGGCGAAGAGGAGAAGGCCCGCCUGCGCCGGCUCGAGGAACAGCACCGACAGAGUCAGGCGGACUCGGCGCUCGCCCAGACGCUCUCGGCGGAAGAGGAACAGGCUGCUCGGGCCGCUGCUGAGGAGGACGAGGCAUCCGCGGGGAAGGGCAAGCAGCCAGAAAGGCGCAGAAGCACGGCAGGGAAGAUUGGGCGGUGGUUGGCGGACGCAGCGAGCGGCUACACCAAGAAGCAGGAACGGUGGUGA